UUUUUUGCCUCUUCCAUACUCUACAGAAACAAGAAGAAGAAUCCAUUCCAACACUAGCUGUAGCUAGCUACCAAAGCCCAUCUAUGUGUCUGCAAAUUAAUAUAUAACUCGGGAUUUUAUGCAUUUAGGUUCGGGUUUGUUUUGCCAAAAUGCAUAACGUCAGGAUUUCCAUUCCAUCGUUCCGUUCAGAGGACAAUCCGAUGGAGAAAGGUUACACGGUCUUUAAAAUUGAGGUACUAAUGAAUGGUAGACAGCAUACAGUGGAGAAACGCUACAGUGAAUUCCAUAAUCUGCAUAAAAUACUGAAGAAGAGCAUAAAGCUGCCUGAGAUCCCCUCUAAACAUGUACGUAACUGGGUUCCCAAAGUUCUGGAGCAGAGAAGACAUGGUCUGGAACUCUACCUACAGACUAUAAUUAUGGAGAAUGAAGUUCUCCCAAAGAUAUUCCUGGAUUUCCUCAAUAUCCGCCACUUUCCCUCGCUGCCAAAAACAGAAAGCUGUGGGUCAUUUGAAAUGGAAUCUGAAGAGUCAAGUAAACUGACCCAUCAGCCAACAAUGAUCUACCAGCGAGACCCCUACCUGCUCCCAUCCACCCACGAUACAUUUUCAAAUGUUGUCAUAGAAGGAGUGAUACAUGGAAUAUUUUACCCAGACCUUCAACCAAGGUAGAGUUACUGUAUGCCAGUUUGGAGGACUUACUACUAACUCUUGACGACAAAGGGAUGACUCAGAAAUGUACAACUUGUAAGCGUCUCAAUUUUGUGAACAUUAUUCUAAAAGUUGUGUGUGUGGAUAUAUACCAUUUUUAUCUAUUCAUAGUCAUUUUGUAGUUUGUUUCCCAGCAUUAAUGGAUAUGUUGAUGAGAGAUGCCUUUUCGGAAGUAUUGUUACUCAAAGAUGAACACUACUGUAACAUGGUUGCAAAGGGAGGGUAUUUUACUGAACAUUUUAAAAGUUACCAGUAAACUACCAGAAUAUGGUAAUUUUCAAGGAUUUUAUUUAAUCUACUACAAGACAUCUAGUGGCCCAUUUGGGUACAUCAGAUUAUCACAGGUGUCUAAUCUCUGGCCUUCUGUGUGGCCUUAUCACAUUUAAAAUAAUAAAUUAUGACAAUGCUGUCAAAGAUUAUCCUAAAUGUUAACCAUCAAUUUAGUGAACAACAUUGGUGUUUAAUAUUAAAUAUGCUUUUUUUCCAUUGAGGCUAUUUUCUCUUCAACUAUUGGUCUAUCCACUAGAAACUCAUGGACACAGAUAUAUAAAAUGAAUACUAUACUGACACUCGAAGUUUAUUAGGUACACUACCCAGUUAAUGAAAAUGGAGCUUAUGCAUAUAGACUCAGCCUUAUGGACCAGCAGGCUGUAUGCAUCUACUAAUGGUAUUUCCCUUAAAAUGAAGGUGAGACCUCGCGGUUUUACACUGUGAUAUGUUGAUGAAAUAACCUUUUAAUAGGUCAAACGGUUUAACUCUAUAUUAGCUAUGAAUUAAUGAAGGGCAGCCGAUCAAAUGCGUGGUUAAAAAGCUGAAAUAUAAAAAGGGAAGCUGAACUUGUCUGUGUAAUAAGAUGCAUUUUGUUUGUCUGCCUUAUCUUAGUGUGUCUCUAUUGUAAAGAAGAACAAUGUGGUUCAUUGUUGCUCUUUCUGAACGUGGGACUGCUGCUGUAAACCUACAACAAAGGGCCAUUUAAAAUGCCAGAGUUUUGAUCCAACUUAGCGAAUGAAGCACUCCCGAGCUAAACUCUUAGCGGUGCUGUAAUGUUCCACUGUGCGUAAUUCACAGUGGAUACUUUUUUGAAGAGUUUAGUUGGUCUAACAUUUACUUUGCACUUGUCAUUCGUUAGACAAUUAUGGAUGGUUAAUACUAUAGAUACUCUAAAAUAUGAGGAUGGUCUGGGCAUUCUAUUGACUAGAAUUCUCUGCCAUCCUUUAUUUCUAUCCAAUGUGUUCUCUGAAUUGAGACCAGGUGGACACUAGCACACUUAGUGAAUCAUUUUUCAUUUGUUAAACUAACCCAAGUUUACCUUUCAUUUAAGUCAUGUAUAGAAUUGUCCACUUCAACUGAGAAAUGCAUGCCCGGUGUUAACAAAUCCAAUGAUUUUUUUAUUUUCUAUUAUUUUUUAAAUCUUGUGUAUAUAGCAUAUGUAUGUCCUGUACAGUAUGUAUCUUGUGCCAUGACACCCUACCAUUAAUGACACUGUGGUGUUGUACUGUAGCACUUUAGGCAGAGCACAGUAAUCUGUAAAAUAUCAUGAUUAAGACAGACCGCAAUAAAGCAUGACACUACAAUA